CCUCUGAGGCGCGCGGGGCUAGAGGUUGUAUCCGGGUUAGCUAAUGGGUCGGAACCAGGACUGUCGCUCGCUGUCUCGUUCGUGCUCGCGCUCCCCGGUCCCCAGAAGCCGGAGGCGGCGGCGGAGCCGAAGCAGGAGCCGGGGUCGGAGCAGGAGCCGGAGCCGGAGUCGCGAUGGACGGCGGCGACACGAGAGCAGCGAGGGGCGAAAGAGGCGACGGCGGCGGCGCAGCCGGGAGCGGAGAGCAGGAUCAGAUUCUGAGGAAGAGCGACAUAGGAGAAAAGCAAAGAAAUAUCAGACCUCUGAAAGGGUUCAUAGAAGUCCAAGAAAGUCACGGCCCCGAUCUCGGGAACCUUCCCAGUCAGAUUCUGGGAGUGAGUCACGGAGGGGUCACAGGAGCAGGCGUAGGAGGAGACAUCGUCAUUCCAGAUCAUCUACCUCCUCAGUCUCUUCAGCAUCACCUUCACCACCCCGUUCUCAGAGUCCACAGGAAGCCCUAGACAAGAAAUUGAGCCUCCAGGAACGACGGAGGCUAAAGGAAGAGAAAAAGCAGCAAGAAGAGUUGAUGAAGGCCUUUGAGACACCUGAGGAGAAACGGGCCCGGAGACUGGCCAAGAAAGAGGCCAAAGAACGGAAGAAGAGAGAAAAGAUGGGCUGGGGUGAAGAAUAUAUGGGUUAUACUAAUACCGAUAAUCCCUUUGGAGACAAUAAUCUUCUGGGAACGUUCAUAUGGAACAAGGCACUAGAGAAGAAGGGGAUCAGCCACCUGGAAGAGAAGGAGCUGAAAGAGAGAAACAAGAGAAUCCAGGAAGACAAUCGACUAGAAUUGCAGAAGGUAAAACAGCUGCGAUUGGAGCGAGAGAGGGAAAAAGCCAUGCGGGAACAAGAGCUGGAGAUGCUGCAGAGGGAGAAGGAGGCAGAGCACUUCAAGACCUGGGAGGAGCAGGAAGACAACUUUCACCUUCAACAGGCCAAGCUUCGUUCUAAAAUCCGUAUAAGGGAUGGACGGGCCAAGCCCAUCGACCUCCUGGCCAAGUACAUCAGUGCAGAGGAUGACGACUUGGCUGUGGAGAUGCACGAGCCCUACACCUUCCUCAAUGGCCUCACAGUGUCAGACAUGGAAGACCUUCUGGAGGACAUUCAGGUAUACAUGGAAUUGGAACAGGGCAAGAAUGUAGACUUCUGGAGAGAUAUGACCAUCAUAACAGAGGAUGAGAUCUCCAAACUCCGCAAGCUCGAGGCAUCUGGAAAGGGCCCAGGAGAGCGUCGAGAAGGGGUAAAUGCCUCUGUCAGUUCGGAUGUACAAUCAGUGUUCAAAGGCAAGACCUACAAUCAGCUCCAGGUGAUCUUCCAGGGCAUCGAGGGCAAGAUCCGGGCAGGGGGGCCCAACCUGGACAUUGGCUACUGGGAAAGCCUGCUGCAGCAGCUUAAGGCCCACAUGGCCAGAGCCAGGCUUCGGGAGCGCCACCAGGAUGUGCUCCGACAGAAACUGUACAAGCUGAAGCAGGAGCAAGGCGUCGAGAGCGAGCCCCUCUUCCCUAUCCUCAAGAAAGAGCCAUCAUCUCCCAGUGAGAGGUCAGAGCCUGAAGAAGGAGCUCAGGCCCAGCCGGGGCCUUCCACCUCCAGGGCUUCCGAGGAGCCAGAGGCCGAAGGCGAGGCCCGGGCCGAGGGCGAGGGGGACGGCGAGGGCGAGGGGGAAGCCGUGCUGAUGGAGGAGGACCUGAUCCAGCAGAGCCUCGAGGACUACGAUGCUGGCAAGUACAGCCCCAGGCUGCUCACCACGCAUGAGCUGCCCUUCGACGCGCACGUGGUGGAGGUGGAGGAGGACCUUCAGCGCCUGCUGCUUUCUCGGCAGCAGCUACAGGUGACAGGAGACGCCAGCGAGAGCGCCGAGGACAUCUUCUUCCGGCGGGCCAAGGAGGGCAUGGGGGCAGACGAGGCCCAGUUCAGCGUGGAGAUGCCCCUCACCGGCAAGGCCUAUCUGUGGGCCGACAAAUACCGGCCCCGCAAGCCUCGCUUCUUCAACCGGGUCCACACGGGCUUCGAGUGGAACAAGUACAACCAGACCCACUACGACUUUGACAACCCCCCCCCGAAGAUUGUGCAAGGCUACAAGUUUAACAUCUUCUACCCGGACCUGAUCGACAAGCGCUCCACGCCCGAGUACUUCCUGGAGGCCUGCCAGGACAACAAGGACUUCGCCAUCCUGCGCUUCCACGCCGGGCCGCCCUACGAGGACAUCGCCUUCAAGAUUGUCAACCGGGAGUGGGAGUACUCCCACCGGCACGGCUUCCGCUGCCAGUUUGCCAACGGCAUCUUCCAGCUGUGGUUCCACUUCAAGCGCUACCGCUACCGGCGGUAGGGGGCCUGGGCCCGGACUGCGGCCCCCGAGAGGCCCGAGACGGACAGACGGACAGGCCCGCGCGCUGGCGGCCUCUGGGUCUCCAGGUGGGCCCGAGGAUAUUCGUGCUUUGCCCUGUGCUUCUUCCUUUUGGAACUCCUCCUUUGUACCUAAGCCUGAUGUCAGAGUUUCUUCAGGACUAUUUUCAGCCAAAUAAAAACAAUUUUGGAGUAAA